AUGCCAUUAACUUCUACAGAAUCAUUAUCAUUAAUUACUUUAGAUUCAUCUAAAUCAUCUAAUUUAUGUAUAUCAGUGAAUAUACCAUCAUUAACAAAAGAAUCAAUUAAAUUAUCAUCAUGUAAUAUAUCACCUACAUUUAAUAUAGAUGAUAUUUUAUCAACUCAUUAUGAACAGGAUGAAUUAAAUAAACAAACAUUGAAUGUUAAUAAAAAUUAUCCUAUUGUUCAAAUGAAUGAAACUGAUCAUACAUUUUUAAAUAAUGAUUCCUUUACUAAACCUGCUAUUUCAAUGGAAGUACAAUGUAUUUCAAAAAAUGAAAUUAAAUCAAAUGGUUGGUCUACUAAAACAUGCCAUUAUCCUUAUUCGAAUUCUCAUUCAAUAAAUCAUGAUUGUAAUCUAGAACAAGAAACCUCACAAUACAAACUGAUGAAUACAAAUGAUAUUCAUCAGAACAAUAAUGAUAUUUCAACAAUGUUAACUAAUCAUUCCUAUUUAAAAAGUAAUCUAUUACCAAUAAAUGAUUCAUGCAUAUUUAAUGAAAUAUCGCCUACACGAAAUACUGAUAAUAGUAAUAAUAAUAAUAAAAAUGGUGAUGAUGAUGGUGAUGUUGAUGCUGAUCAAUACUUGCCGUCAAUAAUGAAUAAACAAAAAUCAUUAUUUGUCAGUAUUGGAAUACAAACUGAUGAUCACCUAAUUUCAAAAUGUUGUAAUAAAGAAAUAUUAUCAAAUGACAAUUUGUCUAAUAUCUCUUAUUUCUGUGAUAAAAACGAUACUAAUACUACUCAUGAUAAUAAUAGUAAUAAUAAUAAUAUAAUGUGGAAAGUUUAA